AAGGCAAAUAAUGCACAAAUCUUAACAUAACAUCCUCAACGUAAAAUUAAUUACUCAAUAAGUUCCUCAACUACUGUGGCCUCUGUGCGUCUUCCUCCUAAAACCCUAAACCCCAAAUUCAAGAACUCACAUAAUAAUCAAAAUGCACAUUUUCCUUUCGAUUUCAACAAAAUUAUUACAGUCAAAAUCCACAUCCUUCAAGUCCCUCACAUGGAUUCCUACAGUUUUCUUACUAUCCCCAAAGCAAAUGUCACAGUCAACUUCCAUACCCAGGAACCAACAGCGUAUUCGCGACCACGGCUACGAUGAUUACAUGGAAGUGGAGAAGAAAAUUCGUAAAGUAAAGAAAUUCCAAGAACUACUUCUUACUCAACCUAAUUCAAUGAUCGCCAUUUCUCGCCUUGAUAUGCUUGCUCGCCGUUUUGGGUUCAAACAAUAUGAAGCAGGGAAGUUUAUUCUCAAAUUUCCUCAUGUUUUUGAGGUAUUCGAACACCCAGUUCAGAGAAUAUUAUAUUGUAGGCUUACUCGUAAAUCAUUGCUUCAAAUUGAGCAAGAAAAACUAGCACUUUUAGCUCAAUUGCCUUUAGCUGUAACCCGUUUACGGAAGCUUCUGUUGCUAUCGAAUACGGGUAGGUUAAGGUUAGAACAUGUUAGGAUUGCAAGGAAAGAUUUUGGUUUACCUGAUGAUUUUGAGUUUUCUGUGGUUUUGAAGUAUCCCAAGUAUUUUAGAUUGUUUGAUGCUAAAGAGACUAGGAAUAAGUAUAUUGAGGUUGUUGAAAGAGACCCGCGAUUAACUGUUUGUGCUGUGGAGAAUGUUAGGGAGAGAGAGUAUAGAGAAAAGGGUGGCGAAGAAGAGAAUGUGCGGUUUUCAUUUAGAGUGAAUUUCCCACCAGGUUUCAAGAUUGGGAAGUAUUAUAAGAUUGCUGUUUGGAAGUGGCAAAGGUUGCCUUAUUGGUUGCCAUAUGAGGAUAUCUCUGGUUAUGAUUUAAGGUCACUCGAGGCACAGAAGAGAAUGGAAAAGAGAGCAGUUGCGACUAUUCAUGAAUUGUUGUCGUUGACAGUUGAAAAGAAGAUUACUUUGGAGAGAAUUGCACAUUUUAGGUUGGCUAUGGAUUUGCCAAAGAAGCUGAAAGACUUUCUUCUUCAACAUCAAGGGAUAUUUUAUAUUUCGACAAGGGGAAAUCAAGGGAAAUUGCAUACGGUGUUUCUCAGGGAGGCUUAUAGGAAGGGAGAGUUGAUUGAGCCUAAUGAGUUAUAUUUAGCUAGGAGAAGGCUGGCUGAAUUGGUUUUACUGAGUCCAAGGAAAGUCACAGUGGAUAGAAGAUUGAUUAAUUAUGGAAAACAGGGAGGCGAUGAUGAAAUGGCUGACUACGUUGAGAAUGGAGGAGAUCAUUCAGCCGCCCGAGAGACAGUUAGAGAAGAUUUGGGAGAAGAAAGCCUGGACUCUGAUGGUGAUUGCAGUACUGACACCGAGAACGCACAAAAGGAAGCCAAUAAUGAUGAUGUUACUGAUGAUGCAGAGGACACUCGUGUCACUAAUGUAUAGGCAUAAGGUCUUUGGCUGUUGCUGCUGAAUUAUUUGCUUAGCCUCUAGUCUUAGUUGCUCCUGCUGAUACAUGUCCGCGUCGAUCAUGCAAAAUUGCAACCCAUGUGAUAGAAAAACAGCUGCUGCCUUGAUGCAUAUGAUAUUAGGCCCAUACCAAAGAACCGAACCAAAUUAGAAAAGAUGGAACCAAACCGAGGUAAUUUCAGUUCGGUAUGCACCUGUGAAGAACCGAAUGCUCAGGCCAUAUUGAGAGUUCUUUGAUUGCCAAAUGAAUUGGGGGAUCUCUGUGUAAAACUUGACUGUUUCAUUUGUUCUACAAGACAGCACCAAUGUAAGCUUUUACCCCUGGCUACUUGAGAGCUGGUCAAGUUCCUCUUCCUCUUCGAUGUAAUUUAGGUUCAAUUCUUUGUUCAAAAAUCUUGUAUGACAAGUACUUGUGCGUGUUAGGGUCCAAAAGGAAGGAACUCAUUGGGGAUGAGGUAGUUGGGCCUUUGUGGACAGAAAAAAUGAAGAUAUGCUUCCGAAAUAAAUGAAAAGAAGAUAGUAUUGGUGGGGCAAUAGGUUUGGCAACGGUGGAAGGAGUAGAUGGGCGGUCCAGUCUGUGUUCUGGCAGGUUUAGGCUGCUGCGAUCAAUGUUAUUUUUAGGUCUUUUUUCGGAAAAGGGCAUGUAACGUACAUUACUUGUUUUGGGGAAGUAGUCUCGUUUUCUACUGUUCCCGUUUUCUUUAUCAUGAUUAAAUUGCUGUUUUUUUUCCGUUAAUGGUCUUGUUGGCAUUGUAGCUGGAAGAGUUGAAGAAUGGUCAAUAGUGUAUCAGGUGAAAAGACGUAGUUGCAAGUGGUGAAGAAAAUGGAUAUUUUAGAUGAUACCGUUGAUGCUCAGUAAGGAGAAAAAUUGGAAGAUGCUAUGCACGGAGUGACAGAUGAAUUUCAGGCUGGGUUGUUGCUUCUAAUAAGUUCUCUUUGUAAAAGCAUUACCUUUUGUUCCAUUGUAUUUUGUUAUAUAACAGUCAUAUCUUUGGUGGAAGCCAUCUUAGUAGGGCGCUUAGAUGCUUUACUUGUUGAUUGGUGUUCUUCUAUUUUAUUUCUCUGUCAUUUAAGGUUUUGAGUGAUUGUAAACAUUUAAGGUGAACAAUUUAAGAUUUAAGUGAUUGUAAACAGAUUGGAUCUAUCUUUUCUUA